AUGUGUUAUCGCGCACUCAGCUGCGUCCCAGUCAUCCGCCGCCCAGGACAGUAUACUUCCGUGACCAACGGCGCAAGGAAUACGAUACAGGUCAGGCAAAGACAGGAUAUAAAAACGCUCGCAAGAUCCAGCAUCAGAUACUCUUGCGCUACUACGAAGGUUGAAAUACGAGGUAGAAGAAAAAACACAGCUGCAGGUUCGCCGUUGCAGAUCAGAUCUACGUCCUACUGCAUUUCUCCAGCGAAAAUGCCGAAACUCGCCCCGUCCGACCCAGAGAGUGUGAUGGUUAUACGGAAUGUAUGUGAUGACAUUAUUACAUGCAGUUUACCCUUUGCUCGUGUCGGGCUUUUUAAAUUUGGGGGACGUGCAACGAUAGUUCGUCUACAAACCGGUGCUAUCGCGGUGUUCUCCCCCGUCGCACUUACGCCGUCUGUUAGCGAAGCAGUCACCAGCCUUAAUGGAACAGUCAAGUAUCUCAUCGCACCAGACAUGGAGCACCAUUUGUUCCUAGCGGACUGGACAAAGGCGUACCCUGACGCUGUCAUAAUCGCACCGGAAGGUCUAUGGGAGAAACGGCAAAAGAGCCCAACAACCUCUGGUCCGAAAUUCGAACAUAUUUAUACCACCCAGAACAAGGAGACGCUUCACAUCUCGGAUGAGUUUGCAGCCGAAUUCGACGUUGAGUACAUCCACGCUCACAUCAACCGGGAGAUCGUACUGCUGCACAAACCCACGGCGACCCUGAUUCAGGCAGACCUCUUCUUCAACCCGCCUGGAUAUGAACAGUACCGCAAGGCCCAGGAGGGACCUUUAAGCGGACUCGCCAACAAGCUGUAUGUCUGGCUCAUGUCGGCGAAGGGCAGCGCCAUGGCACAGCGGAGGCUUAUAUGGUAUCUGAUGUCAGCCGGGGGCCGCGAGGCGUUCAAACAGUCAGUUCAGAAAAUCGAUGGAUGGGAAUUUGAUCGUGCGAUUCCAUGCCACGGGGAUACCAUCAACCAGGGCGCAAAGCACCUGUUCCGGACCCUGUUUCAAUGGUUCCUGGUGUAA